AUGACGGACACUUUCGACGUUCUCAUCAUUGGCGGCGGCCUUGCUGGCCUCAGCACCGCGCUGAGCCUGGUGCGGUCGCUGCACACAGCCGUCGUUUUCGACUCCUGCCAAUACCGCAACCGCAAAGCAAACUGGCUGCACACUUUGCCCGGCUGGGAUGGGCGCGACCCCGAGGAAUACCGCGCCGCUGCCCGCCAGAACAUCCUUUCGAAAUACAGCACCGUCCAGUUCGCCACCGGCGUCGUCAUCGACAAUGUCAGCCGCGAUCCGGAAGCCGAGUUUCCUUUUACUGCCACCGACACCAAAGGCCGCAUCUGGCGAGGCCGCAAGCUGGUGCUAUCGAUGGGUAUCCAGGAUGUACCGCUCGAAGUUGAGGGCUACAGCGACUGCUGGGCCAAGGGCAUAUUUCACUGCUUGGUCCACCGCGGCUACGAAGAGCGGGGGUGUGCAUCUGCCGGAGUGCUGGCUGCAGGUGGCGACGACAACCUCAAGGCUGCCAAGCAUCUCGCGCUGCAGUGCCGCCGUUACACUUCAGGACCCGUCACCGUGUACACGCACGGCAACGAAGCGCUGGCUGCCGAGUGUCGCCAAGUCCUAGGACCCAUGGGAUUCCGCGUCGACUCGCGUCCAAUCGUCCGCUUCAUCAAGGAAGCUGUGCAGUCGCAGGUCUCGGCCGUGUUUGAUGACGGAGAAAAGGUGACAGAGGGCUUCAUCAUCCACAGGCCGUUGCCUCUCAACAACGGCGCUUUCGCUACACAGCUGGGCGUGGAGACCAAUGAAUUCGGUUUCUACAAGACACACCCUCCAUUCUUCGAGACUUCUGUUCCCGGAAUCUUCGCGGCAGGCGACUGCGGAGAUCCGUUCAAGAUUGGCACCUAUGCCGUCUCCAUGGGCGCCUUUGUCGCCGGUGGUUUGCAGAUGCAGCUCGACGCGGGGAGGGCGCAGGCUGCAGGGCCGGCAUAUCAAAUUGUCAAAUAG